UGGUAGCAGGGAAACUUUGAGCUGUCAAUGCAUCGCGUAAUACUAGGUAUCUGAAAACGUUCUUCAAAAGUCCAAUGAUCACCGUUUCUUAGAGGUAGUUGCCUGCUCACUGGCACACUGUUGACGAAGCUCGAUCUGCAGUGACUAGGGCGAACAAUAGGGAGGCAGUUCAUGCACGACAUAUUCUCCAUUUCACCUUAAAUUUGAAAGGUUUCGGGUGAUUUUUUUCAACAAUGUCUGGACAGACAACGUUUGUAAACCCUUUCCACAGACCGCACUGCUUGGCAGCUGCAGCUCCAGCUGGGAAAGCGAAGUUAACUCAUCCUGGGAAGGCUAUUCUAGCUGGUGGUAUUGCUGGAGGCAUUGAAAUCUGUAUUACUUUUCCGACGGAAUAUGUGAAGACCCAGUUGCAGCUGGAUGAGAAAGCCAAUCCCCCACGCUACAAAGGCAUUGGUGACUGUGUGAAGCAGACAGUGCAGGGCCAUGGGGUCAGGGGUUUGUACCGAGGCCUCAGCUCGCUGCUCUAUGGCUCCAUCCCCAAAGCAGCUGUUAGGUUUGGCGUGUUUGAGUUCCUCAGUAAUAAGAUGCGGGAUGAGUCGGGGAAGCUGGACAGCACGCGAGGUCUCCUCUGUGGUCUGGGAGCAGGUGUGGCGGAGGCCGUGGUGGUGGUGUGUCCUAUGGAGACUGUGAAGGUGAAGUUCAUACACGAUCAGUCAUCAGCAAAUCCUAAAUACAAAGGCUUCUUCCAUGGUGUGAGGGAGAUUGUGCGGGCUGAAGGUCUCAGAGGAACGUAUCAAGGACUGACAGCAACUGUUCUGAAGCAGGGAUCAAAUCAGGCUAUUCGCUUCUAUGUAAUGACUGGACUAAGGAAUUGGUACAAAGGCGAUGACCCUAACAAGGCCAUGAACCCUCUGCUCACCGGCGCCUUUGGUGCUAUAGCAGGAGCCACCAGUGUGUUUGGUAACACACCUCUCGACGUCAUCAAGACCAGGAUGCAGGGUCUGGAGGCACACAAGUACAAGAGCACCUUAGACUGCGCGGUCAAGAUCAUGAAGCAUGAGGGACCUGCAGCGUUCUACAAGGGUACUGUUCCACGUCUGGGCCGAGUUUGCAUGGACGUGGCCAUUGUGUUCAUUAUAUAUGAAGAGGUGGUCAAGGUUCUCAAUACCGUGUGGAAAACCGACUGAGGCGGGGAGGAAACGUGCACGGCUAAGCUACGCGACCCCUCGGUGGCCUUUGGAGUCUCAUAAGCCCGUUAAGGACCACGGUCGCAACCAAGGCCUUAUUCUACACAUAAGGCUUUGCUGAAGUCCUUGGGGGGCGUAUUCCAAGAACGAGUAGCGGUAAAUUAUCUAAUAGACGAUCCUGGAGUCCCCGUUUUCUUAACUAAAUGACACCUGCGGGCAAUCUAUUAGCAGGUUUAACACUUCCUGUUAGAUUAAUUUAGCCAGACUUAUCACUCAACCUUGCUCUUGGAAUACCCCCCUGUUCAGCAACUCUCAGGUCGCAAUAUUGUGUACUUCACUAAGGAACACCUUAUUAUUAUUUCCCAACAGAAUGUGAUGUCAGACCUACAGAAUAUACUUGAAAAUGGGAAAAGCCAAGAAAUGUUUAAAAGUGUAGGUCUCAACUCAAAGCGCAUUGUAUAACUGUAAUAUAUUUAGCACAGAUGUAGAUUUUAAAAAGGGUGAUGGGGAGGGAGUCGCUGGGAGUCACUAAAGACUAAAGGCCUUUAUCAGUAUAUUGUUGCUAGUAAUCUAAUGCUAAAAACUCAAAUUUUAUUUUUAAUCAUUAUUUUCGUUCUUGAAAAAAGUAUUAAUUAUUUGAUCAUGGAAUUUUUAUCCAUACAUUGUACAGCAAUUUUAUUUACUUUUACUUUGAAGCUAAACAGAAGUAGUGACAGCCAAAGAUGUGAACAGCUGCAUUCACAAACCUCUUAAAUAUAACACAGGUUCCACAUUUCCUUAACAAAUACAGUUUUAUAGCUAAGAUGGACAUUCCUUAUUUACAAUAUGUGAUCGAUAGGAUGGUUGGAAGUGCCUGCAUGAAUAUGCAUAGAGAAAUGUUAUGUUUCUUGUGCCCACUGCUUUUUGUAUUAUUUACAAAGUGUUUUUAUAUCUUAAGUGGCAUUUAACCCUAGACAUGACCCAAGCAAAUGGUCAUACCAACUUUGUAAUGUUUACUGCAUAACUAAAAGUGCCGUGCUUGCUUAUAGUGCCUCAAAAGAAAUGCUAUUUGCUCAUUCCUUAACUUUGUAUUUUAAAAGGCAGAACUGUGACACAUUCCUGUGUUCUUAAAAGAAAAUAAAUCGCACAUGAUCUUAAUGGAGAAAUGAAAAUGAAUGGAACUCAACUCCACAGCGUCAAUUCUGGGGUGCAUUUCUCAAAACUGUAGUUGCUAACUAAGCUACUUUGCUGUUCGCAAUACAAUUUCCCAUUGACAAUACCCAAGGUCCUAACAGGCUAACAACUACGCUUUCGAAAAACGCACCCCUGAUCCCCAUUUUGGAAGCGCUGGCCCUCAAAAGUUAAUGAGUUCAUGUACUUUUUUUCAGGGUAUUAGUGCAGAUUUGGUCUUAAUCCGUCUACCCAUUCAAAAGGUAGGCGUAGGCAUUAUUUGAUCAAAAAUGACUGUUUUAAAUCUAUGUAAUCUUUGGAAAGCUACAUAAACAUUCAAUAUUUUAAGAUGACUAUGCAGAAUGAUAUAUAGUAUCAGCAAAGUAUCAUCAAUUUCUAAUUGGACAAGACCCAUUAAACAAAUCUAGAAGUGAGAAUUCCUCAGUACAUUAUCAUUCUCAAAGAUACAAAGUAACACUUUACACCUACAUUCCAUACCAUUUGUCAACCUUGUAAGUUCAAAGUAUCGUAUUCGGACUAUUGCUAAGACUUGUCCAGACCAGAUCUUAAACUUUUAAAUGGCUUGCCAUACACAGAUGAAGUCGUGGGUGUACAUGGAGGGGAUGUGUCAUUGUAGCAGCACUUACCUGCACUGGUGUGUAUUCUCUUACUGUCGCUGUUCGUUCUUCACCUAGAUUAGUAGCCUGUAUCUCUUGUUUUGCUUCAACAAAAGACCAAGUUGUGUUCAGAGCCAUCAAUAGUCUGUUUCCGAAAUAAAAGAAAUGCUGCUGCAGUUUUAUUCCAACACCGGUGACUUCACCAAGUAACUGACCUACUGGUCUUGAGUAGGUGCCCAUAUGAAUAAUGUGAUUCAGAGCUGGUUGGAUCAAAUUUGUGGCAGGGUUUUUACUUUCUGAACCCUGGAUUGACACCUCUGGUUGUGUUAUACAGAAAUGUGAAACGCCUUAAGAAAGCAAAGUUGGAUGUAAGCUGUCAGCACUGAGGGAUCUUUCUCCUACCUCACGAUAGCCUUAAUAGGCCUCUAAAUAAACUAUUCGCAGUCCACAUGAGUUAAACAUAUACCUUUACUGGACACUGCAUAACUCGACAUUGCGUCAUGGGUUUGUAGUUAUUAAAACCUCACUUUCAAAAGUUGUCUCCAAUGUAGAAUUCCGAUGGAAAUCCGGUGCAAUGCCUACAUUUUAUUAUCUGGUUAUUAGAGAUAAUAACACAUGCAACAGUGCUGACACUCACAUCAGCUUCAUGAGAUGUUUGUUUUGGUAUACAAUGCAAUUGUAAUGUAGCCUAAUGCAUUUACAUGCCUCAUCUUGAAUCUAGUUGUUUCGUCCAAAGCUUUGCUUUUUUGUUUCAUGUGUCUUUUUUCCCCCGUUUCUGAAUGUAUUUUUUUUUUGGUGUUGGAAUGAGGAUCCAUUAUUGUAUCUGAUGAAAAAAAGAGGAUUUCUGUGAUGGUACUGCAAAUGUCAAACUGUGUCAUACUUUAAAACCCAUGUAUGGGUACACUUGGGGCUCGUAUCAGUGUGCUGGCAAGAUGUUACAUAGCCUGAGAUAGUGUAUGGAAUGUUCACAAACCUGUUGGCCAAAAGUCUACCCUUGUUCCUCGUAAGUACCCCCCCCUUGUUUAAGAUUGGACUGGAAUGUUAUACCUUUUUUCCAUGGAAAUGUUUUUGUAACAUCUUGGAAACACUUACAGAUUGCCAUCAUGUUAAAAUGAUCAUGCAGAAUCUAAUCAAUUAUGUCUUAAUCUAAUCUUAAAUUAAUGCACAUUAUAACAUCUAUCAGAUAAUGCAUUAUGUGUGUAAAAUGCCAUUCUUUGUGAUGCAGAUCACUAAGUCAUGUGCCUUCAGUAUUGUCAUUGUCAUUGCCAAUAAACAACUGAAUGUUGGGGGGAAAUA